CGGCGGGGCUCGACGGGGCGCCGCCAGAGAUUUACAAGGGAUUGCCGUUUUACCUCGUUUACAAAGCGUGGAUAUUGUUUCGGUGACGAUACUUGGAUAACGAUUCUGAGGACCCUCCCAGUUGGAAGCAAAUCCAGUACACCAGCAUUCCAAAAAUAGCUAAGCCGGUGGUUUUCGACGAGUUUCGAUACAUAUGUACGUUGGAUUGUUCUGGAAAGUGGUAUACCCGUAGCAUACAACCGCUCUUUCGGCAGUCUGUACCGCCCAGCUCUGUGGCGACAUUUGGUUUCAAAGCUGGUUUCGCAUGUGAUGAUAUCAUUGCGAUCGCGACCCAAACCAUCACUGUGGCCAGGCAUUUGGGCAUGCCGCUGGUUGUUGGGACAUUGGAUAUCAAAACAGCUUUUGAGACGAUGCGCCAUGGACACGUAUCACGAAUCUUGCUUAAUAAAGGUCUUCACCCGAACCUCGUUCGGGCGAUGCUGCGGGAAAUGUCAAUUUUGUUCUGCUCCAUGGUUCUGCCAGGGAUGCUGGCCAGCGACUCAUUUCCCUUGGAGGUCGGCGGGAAGCAGGGCGGCGUGGAGACGCUGGAACUAUUCAACUGCAUGGUCGAGUUCGUGCUGGAACCCCUCGUCCCCAGCUGGCGCAGCCGUAACUUCGGAAUACUUUUCGAUGCGAGGUGUCCGCCGCUGACACAUCUCAUUUGGGCAGACAAUUUCAUACUUUUUGCGAGCAGCGUGCAACAAUUCCAAACCAUGGCGCAGGAACUGACGACGGCCCUCGCUGAAAUCGAAUUCCGCUGGAAGCCAGCAUCUAUGGAGUGCAUGGUCUGUGGGAGUCUUAUAGACGAGCUCGUGCAGACGCCACUCAUCACGGAGCCUGGGGCUGAAACGCCGCUCACGUUCUCACUGGUUUCUCACUUGGUCCUACUCGGGGGUUUCAUUACCGCCAGAGCAGAAACAAUGGA